UGGGGACGAGAGAGAAAGAUAGAGAUAGAGAUAGAGAUCUAGAACGUCUUAUACCAAUUAGCACAUUAAGAAGAUCCGAGACGAUUGAUGGUGAUUCCCACUCGUCAUCGCCGGCGGAAUCCCCUGCACCGGGGGCUUCCUCCUCUUCCCCACACCAUUCCGGCAAGGAGGUCUGCAAAUUUGUGCGUGUCUCUUCCUGUGGCAAUAGUGAAAGUAAUUCGCAGUUGGGCUUCAAAAAAGUUCAUGACUGGAUGUGUGAUUUUAUUUCCCAUAGCCAUCACAUUUUAUGUGACUUGGUGGUUCAUUCAAUUCGUGGAUGGAAUCUUCUCCCCAAUCUAUUAUGUUCUUGGAAUCAAUACAUUUGGUUUUGGAUUUGUGACGUCAAUUGGUUUCAUAUUUUUGGUUGGUGUGUUCAUGUCAUCAUGGUUGGGGUCGUCUCUACUGAGCUUAGGGGAGUUUAUCAUAAAGAAGCUGCCUGUCAUGAGCUACAUUUAUGCUGCUUCUAAACAAAUUAGUUCAGCAAUUUCACCAGGUGAAGAAGGUUCACAAGCAUUUAAAGAAGUUGCGAUCAUAAGGCAUCCACAUGAUGGAGAAUACGCAAUUGGGUUCAUAACAUCAACUGUUAUGAUACGUAAGAAUGAAGGGUCUGAAGAGUUAUGUUGCGUUUAUGUGCCAACAAACCACCUUUAUCUUGGAGAUAUGGUGCUUGUCAAUUCAAAAGAUGUUAUGAAGCCAGACAUCUCUGUCAGAGAAGGCAUAGAGAUUGUGAUCUCAGGAGGCAUGUCGAUACCAGAGACAUUAACUAUGGUGGAUUUUGAAACAACAUUUCCAAGAAGCCGGAAGUUUGUUGUUCCACGAGUAUGAUUUAUAAUUCACUCAAAGUGGGGAUUUAUAAUUUUUGCUAAAUCUUGAUUAUUCAUGUUAUUGAAAAUACAAAGAAUGGAUUUACCCCGUAUGGAUAUGGUUGGUUGUAACCUGUAAUUGCCGACAAACAUUGUAUUACUUGUAACUCAUGAAAGAAAAACAAUAAAUCAAAAUAAUAUCUUCUUUU